AUGAAGGCCAAUGGAACAACUAAAAGGUGCCCAACCAAGCGAUCGACGUCGCGUCGCUCCAUUGCCUCCCUGGUCAUCUUAGCGGGCUGUUAUUUGGUGGAAUUGUAGCAUACCUGUUGUUACAUGCGGAACCAAGGGGCACAGGACAAACGCCCCCUCAGAUGCUGGGGAGAUGUUUGUAAAUGUGUGUGUUUAUUUAAUACGCACAAAGAAUCCAAGGUGGGCGUUUUAAAACUGUUGUGAUAAUAGGGGCAAUUUCUUACCUCCCGCCAUCAGCCUCCUUGGGAUGGAGAAAAAUGCGCGGAGGGGGGGUGGUUGAUAAGGAGAAAAGUGGGGUGGGGUGUGAUGGGAGAGACCUGCCUGCUGAAAGAGGUUUGUGCAGAACAUCUAAAAGAAUAAGCCAGGUAUCUUUACUACGCGCCCCAUUUAAAACUCAUAAAAGGAUAGAAGAGAAAGCAGAUUAAAACCAUAUGGGCCAGGGGGAAAUCCACAGCGAUCGUAGGAUGUAAUCGCCUUUGAUUCCAGCAGAUAUAUAGCCCAGCAGGAAGAUACCUUCGCUUGUAGGAAGAUACCCUCUCUCCACCUCUUUUUUGGCGGGGGGGGGGGAGGCGGAGAUGGGGCUUCGCUUCUGUGAGGUGCCUCCGCAUCACCUUGUGGGUGUUUCUGUCUUCCAAGUACACUCUGUAUCCAUAUCGACGCCGGCUGCUGAGCUUUCGAAGUUUCCUCUCGGGAUCCACAGACAAUGACACACACACAGAGCCAGCCACAAUACAAACACGUUAGCAUGCCUGCAUCUAUCCAUACAGCACAUAAUCUCAGCCCCCCUCUUGGCGAAAUUCCUGCCCGGCUUGCUGAUUAAUUUUUUUUAAGGGUGCGCAGGGGGUGGGUCUGGAAUGGGGUUUCUUUCCUAUAGCUCUGGUCUGGUGCCCAUUUCGUGUGUCCUCCUUUCCGCGGAGGUCGUUCUUGCCAGAUUGCGGUCGCGCUUUCAGCCACUUACUUAGAUGAAAUACACAAGCAGAGUGUCAGUUUCAAAGCCACGGCAGCAGCCGCCGCCAGAGGAGCGAUGCUCGCCCUCCGCUUUUGGUCUUGAAAACUCCGAAGCGGGGAGAACUUUGGUAAAAGCAGCAGAGAAGCGUAAGGCUGAAUUCGGCGCCUCUUGUAGCUUGCUUGCUUGCUUCUUUUACACACUGGAGACGCGGGAGACACUGGGUUUAAAGGGAAAAAAUGGCAAAACCUAGAGAGGGGAUAGAUUGGAGCGGGUCGGGGAGGCGGCUUAGCUGAGAAAAACCAAUUUCUGCAGACUGGCUCUGAACAGUGGGUACCCAUCUGUCAACUAACCGGCUCUUUCCUUCUGAAACUGAAUGUUCUAAAUUUCUGACCUCCAGAUUCACUCGCGAGCAAGUUCCAUUGAAAUCUGCCAGAACCAUCUUCUUAUCAAGUACUGUUAUGUGUCUUUUCGGAAGGGUUUUUAGAAAAGAAAGAAAGAAAGAAAGAAGUGUAAGUUAAUAAGCUUGCUGAUUAUUUAAACUCACCCUGGAAAGAGUUGCUCUGCAGUCCACAGACCAGUGAUUUUUAUUUUAUUUUAACUGUGUAAUUACGGAGAGGAAAGGGGGGCGACUCCCAGGCUGCAAGCCCAUGCUCUUGGGACCUAAGACCCCUGGAGCAAAAUGAGGCUUGCUUUCAGGCAAACGUGCGUAGGUUUGAGGUGCUGCUCCCCAGGAAUAAUUUCCGGCUCCGCGCACACGUUGCAAGCAAGGCCCUAAGCUUGUCUUACUCCGGAGUAAGUCCUGUUGAAUUCAAUGGGGUCUCUCCAGAAUUACCACGCUGCGCUUUUCUUGCACCCCAUCUACUCCCCCCUCUCCUCACCUCAUUUCCACCCCCCGCCCCUUCACUGCCUGCACGUAAUGGUCAAAUUAUGCCCAUGAGGGGGCAACCCGCAACCCAGUUGAGCCGAAUGUCUUCCAACCAUUGACUUCUCUGGCACAGAGUUAUCUGCACAUGUUGGUUUGCCGUGGAAGACAAAGCAAUGCCAAAACUUCAGGGGGCGGGAGGAUUCCUCCCCCCAUCCAUUCUGUUGAAAUCUCUCGGAGAAAGAGGUGGUGGACUUCUUUCUCUCAGUGCCUUGACUAGUAGUUGUUAACUCUUCGGGACAAAGGGAGGGGGACGACGAAGGAGGCGGGGGCGGGGGAAGAUCCUGUCAUGCAAAUCCGGAUUCAGAGCAAGCAAGUCUCCUGGGGUUUCUCCCCCUGCAUAUUUAUCGAUUUCUCUCUCUGAUCGCUGCUGCUAAUUCUUUUUAUGCGUUUGAAGGGUGAAUUCUUGACUGGAGGAAACGCCUGCUUUAAAUAACAAUAAGAGCAAUCAUAUAAUAAAAGAGCGCCGCGUCUUUUGGUGUGUGUUUAUAUGUUGUAUGAUUACGCCGUAAUUAGACGGUCUUCAAUAUAAAUUCGUGCUAAAAUUCCCUUUCCUUUAUUUUCUUAUAAUUGGAAAGAGGAUUUCUAGGGGACUCACGAAAAUCCUCCAGAGAAGGUUGGGACUCGUUCAUUUUAUUUAUAGCUACGAUAUAGAACAGCUAGUCUACUCGGGAGUAAGCUACGUUAAAUUCAAUGGAAACCGUGUAAGCUCAUAUAGGGCGGCAAUUCAAGCCUACGGAAGUAAAUUUCGGGCUGCUAAGCUUGCUCACACGUCCCAUGGGAGCAAAUCCUAUUGGACACGGUGGGACAUACUCCUGAGUAAACAGGUGUAUAGGUUAUGCUUUGUAUUUUACUUUAUUCCUCACGUGACUCACCUCUUUGGAGAUUCCUUGAAGCCCUUCCAGGAAAUGGCAGAUGGAGGCUAGAUUCUGUGCUUCAGCCACCGGAUCGCACAGGGUUCUUGUGUACCUUUAAAAACUGCACUAUGCUGGUGGCGUUUUGUAUGUGUGUGUUUGUAAAAAGUACCCCCCCCCCACGCACACUAUAAAGCAUUUCAUUGGGGCAGGGGCGGUAUGAUUUAUAUGCAAAACGUCCCAGGUUCGGUUCCCGACCUCUCUAAGCAGGGCUGGGAGAAAAUCUUUGCUUGGAAUUCUCAAGAGUCGCUGCCAGUCAGUGUCGACAAUUCUAGGUUGGAUGGACCAAUAUUCCUGGUAUAAGGCAGCUUUUCGUGGGUUUUGUAAGUUUUCAGUUUUCCUCUCAGAGAAUACACAACUGUCAAAUUCGGAGUUCUAUUUAUUUUUCAGCCAGACCACCUGCAAAGUUUCGAUCAUUCCCACUGCUUGAGAUAUUAGCAGAUAAAUUGGAGUUGGAAGGAACCUGGUUGGGAGACUCUACCCACAAGAAUUGUGUUAAGCAAUUGGCCGAAAGAAGGAAAAUCUCUCUCUCUCUUUUUGCUGCCUCCUACUCCAAUGAGAAUUGGGUGCAACCGUCAGUUCGGUUUUAUGCACAGUGUAAAUCCCAGACACGUAGUCUCCACAAAUGCAAACCCUAUUGAGCUCAACGGGGCACCUCUGACCCUCCAGAUGUAGCUGCACUCCAACACCCAUCAGCCCCCCUCCCGUAUGGCCAAUGAUCAGGGAAGACGGGAGUUGUAGUCUAGCAAUACCUGGGUGGGCAAAUUACUCCGUCCCUGAAUUGUAUAGCCUUAGUGCACUGCAAACUCCCGUGGUCUGCGGUGCUUUUCCUCCGCCUUGGGAAUCUGGGUCUUGAUAAGCGCCGCAGCAGAGGCGAAACCGAUUUUUAAACUGGGUUAUUGUGCCGUGACAUCCCCCACCCCAUUAAUCAGGGAUCCUGGGGGUGUAGUAAGAAGCAGCGAGACUGAAACAUCAGGAAAUGAAGACGGAAAUGGUGAAGAGGAGAGGAGCUGGCGGCGGGCAAAUCAAGAGAAACGGCAAAAAAAAUCCCCGCCAAAGCAGCGUUCAUUUUCCGCUAAGAGCACAGGUAACGUUUGGGACUACAUUACCCAAGCGCCUUUCUUCCAGCAAGCCCCGCCUAGCUCUCUCUCUCUCUCUUUCUCUCUCCGCUUAUUGGUGUUGGCCUUUGGCGUUCUGCCGGACGCGUCGUCCCGAUUGGCGGAAAGAGCCUGCCACUCGGCGUUGCUACAGAGACGUGAGUCAAACCUGGGCGAAGGCGCUAUGGCCCCAGUGGACAGCUGCAGCCUCGCGCCCUGCUCGGGUUCUUUCCUGGCGCUUGCAAAGGAGGGAUCCGGAGUGGAAAGGUGAGCAGGGGCUGGGCGGGUGGACUGGAAGGCAGGCAGGCAGACAGGCAGACAUCCUCUAGGGGGAGGAGCAGAGCUGUGCAUCCCCCCUUUGCAGUGCUGUGGCUCGGGAUACACCCCCCUCCCUUAUCUCCGCUGAUUAAGGUUUGGGGUAGGAUAGCUCUACCUGCCUUAGCUCUUGUUCCUUGCUAAAUUCCUCCUGGUUUUGCAGCACGCUGCAGGAUGGGCUUAGCUUGCUUUUGAUGUAACGAUUGCAAAGCCAUUCAUUCAUUUUUUAUUUAAUUUUUUUGCAUGGGGGCGGCGGCACUGAAAGAACGCAACCGUGAUGCUCAACGUUUUAAAUAAAACAGAUCAUUAUUAACCCAGUGUUCAAAGCGAGGUCGUCAUAUUUUCUCUUCUAAGAUUCCCGGAUCAGGUAUUUGGGAUACCCGUUCAGUCUCUCUCUCUCUCUCUCUCUCUCUCUCUCUCUCUCUCUUCCCCGGCUUCCUUGCUCUCUCCUUCCCCUCCCCAGCAGAAUAAGGGCUCAGCAAAUUUGUGCAUCGAGGUGGGUGGGGGAGAAGCAGAGCAACCCUAUUGCACAUAACAGAGGUAUCUUAAUACGGAUUAAUUACCAUCCCAGGCACCUGGAGCAUAUUUCGUGGUGGGUUUUCCUUUCGUGGCUGGUGGUUUCUGAAAGUUCUUAGUGAUUGAUUAAAAUGGAAUAGAAGUGUGUUCUCAGGUACAGUAAGGGGGUGUGUUUUGUAGGCUGGUGAGCAAAGAGUCAUUUGGAGUGGUUGUGAGUUGAGAACUCAUGUGCCUGUGUGUUUCUUAACACUUCUUCAGGGGUUAAUUUUGCAUUUAUCCUGGUGUGUGUGUGUGUGUGUGUGUCCUUAUCCUUAUGGAGAUGCUCCCCCAAAGUACCUGAAGAGGUGGGCCAGCCCCCACUUAUCAGUUCCCCAGGCAGUAACUUAUCUAUCUCCAUUUCCACAGUCACUGAGAUGGAGUGGGGUGGGGGAACAAAACAAAACCCAAACCAAACAAACAAAAUUGAAAAGCAGUUUAUUGAACCAUGAUACUAAAAUGAUCAAUGAAAGCAAGACAGAUAAGGUUGUCUGCAGGCUGAGUUGUGUAAGGUUCUGUUUACAUGUCUUUUCUUGAAGGACCUCAUUCCUUCUUCUCAUAUUCUCCAGAUGGCUACAAUUUUACUUCUUCAAGGUUUUGGUUGGUCCUCAUCAAAUGUAUUCUCUGUGAGGUUUUGCAACUUGAGGCUUACCUGCAAAAAAAGUCCCAUGAAUUGAAAAGGGGAUUUCUUCUCAAGUAUGUGUGUAUUGGAUUGCAGUCUUCACCUGCAAUCCUACACACUAUAUACUUGAGAGUAAAUGCUGUGAAAUCAAUGGGACUUUCUUCCACUUUAGCAUGGUUAGAUCUGGGUGCACAUCUGCUUCCUCAAUAUUAGUCAUAUUAAAAUGAAUUGAAUUGCUACAAACCCAGAACAUGGUCCCCAGCUUUUCUUGGUUCAGAGUAAUGCCAGCACAGAAAUUGUGAAUGACAGUUGUAAGUAAUAUUGCUGUAUUCUCCUUAGUGAAAAGUUUAGCAUUGCAAAUUAAUAUGCAACUAUCAGUGCACAGAUAUUGUGUUAAAAUAACAGUGACACAGAACUGUUGCAUUCCUGUGGUUAGCGAUAUAAAUGUAAAUUCUUGGUAUCUGAAAACUGCAAAACGUUAAAAUAUUUUUAUUUUUUAUUUUUUUAAGAAUAAUUUUUUAUUAACUGACCAAUCACAUCAAAUCAAACCAAAUUACAUAAAUUCCAAAUUACACAGCCGAAUUUUAAAUUUUUGUUGGGGGUACCCAUAUUUCAAGUUCUGAAGGGAUCCAAUCAACUUCUUGCUUCUUACUGCUGUUUUAAUGUCCACAAAUCUAACCUUAUGAUGUUCACAGUACUAUCCAGUCCUUUCUUCUUGUUUUUCCACAUCUCUUGUUGUUAUUUUCAUAUAUUUUUCCUUUCUCUUUGUGACCUCUGAUAAUCUCCACAAGCUGGUUAGACAGUUUGUAAUCCUGUGUGGAUAUUUUUUAUUAUUAUCCAGUAGCCAUAUCCAGACGUUUUCCAUGUAACAUCACUUCCAUACAUCAAAACAGUCUUAGCAUCAUUAAUCUUCACCAAUCUGCCUCCUUUCUCAAAACCUCUGAGGAGAUUCACCAGGAAUGCAGUCUGAAAACAAGUCCGUUCCUUCUCUCAGCUAUAAAUCCUUUGGCAAGAUGGCGACUCCGAAUUAAUUGCUACGCCAUUCCAAAAGCUCUUAUUCCUUCUCGAUCUCCAUAAAGCAUACUUUUGGUUAAAGUUUAUCUCCACACACACCUUAAUCAUUCUGCUUGGGUCAGUUCAACCGACGAUUCUAAUGAGGAGAGGUUCUUGUAAAUCACAUAGAAGGAAAGUAAAAAAGGUCCCCCCCCCCCAUUCAGUCCCGUUGUCAACAUACCCAGCCUUUGGUGUAUCUUCAUCAUAAAAUAUUCCUGUUUCUCCAACCUGUCGUCUUCUUUCGCAGAGGUCACUUAAAUUAGCAGACUUCACUCCCCUUCUUCACUUGAAAUAUGUGCAUUUGCUUCUUUUGUAAUUAAUUAUUCCAAAUUGCUGCAGCUAGUGCGUGAUCAGAGACAGCGUCCAGGAGAGCCAAGGUCCACACAGGGGCAUUCUGCAAAACAUUAAAAUAAACCCAAUGCUUCUCUAAUUCCCAGAGUAGCAGUUUGAUUUCCUUGGCUAAAUAUGUAUGAUCACAGGUGGCUUAUUGAAGUUUUUUUUAUUUCUGUGCUGUCUUUCAUAUAGCUCAGGACUUUAUGAAAAUGGCUAUUUAAAUUCUGGUCAAAAUAAGUAGAUCGGCUAGAACCUCCCAGGCAUCUUACUAAGGAGACAUUAUUUCUCUGUGUGAGUUUGAAUAUUUUCUAAGGAGAUUUUUCUUUUUACAUUUCAUUUGUCCUAAAGAAUCAAGAAUCAGAUUCUACAUUUUUUUAAAGAGUGCAUGGUGUUUUGCCUUUUGGAAACAUACUGGCUUUCUGUAAAAUGAAUUCCAAGGCAUUCUUACAUGCUGAAUCCACACAGGUGUGCACUUUGAUCAGUUUUCAGCGUGUCUGUGGCACAGCUAUUUGUCCCCAAGUUAAUUUUUAGUGCUUCAAAUCUCUCUCUUCCCUAUGCCUCUCUCAAGACUGUCUGUCAUAAUCUCCCAACAAUUGCACUCAGCAAGUAAGAUAUCAUCUUGCAAAGUUUUGAGUGUAUUUAAUGUUCGUAUGGUCUGUGCAUAUGUGUGUGUGUGUAGUCAAAUGAGUAACCCAAUUUGUUUCUUGCUCAAUUGCAGCAGAGCUGUUUAAAGAAGCUUUCUACUCCAGUCCGUGACUCAGAGGCAGAAGGUAAGGUGGCUGCUGUGUAAUAAUAACCUUUUCUUGGUGAUUGACAUUCUGCUAAAAAUGAUAAAACUAUUAUUAUUAUUAUUUAUUAUUAUUAAUGUGCAAGCUUUGGACUCUGUUUGGUGAAUGAAAUGCCGACCAGGAACGUGCUGCUCCAUUGCAGAUGUAAAUGGCUUUCAUGAGCUGUCCUUGCCGUAGCAUUCCUCUUGCUUAGCCACUGCAGUUUUAAGAGGACUGUAGAUAAUUUUUCAAGGUAUUGAAACAUUUAGCCGUGGCUUCCUCUGCCGUGGUUGUCACCUCUGCUUUGUGUCAAUUGCAGAUUCAUUUCGUAAGGAUGUCUCUAUUUUCUGCUUUAUCUGCACAUUGAUAGAUCCUGCAUGACCAGGCUGAGGGAGGCUUUGCUAGGAGAUGACUGUGUUUGGAAACAGACACACACACACACACACACACACACACACACGAAGGAGCUGAAAUCUAAUCUGCUUUUUAGGGGGUCUGUUGGACUCCUUUUGAUUAAAGGAAAAUAUGAGCUCGAUCUGGAGAUUUCUCCCCACUUCCCUGCAUUCUGCUGUGUGUCGCUUUAGCAAAUAGUUUCGCAAACGCAGAAGGAACAGUAACAUCCUGCUUGAUAAGUUUGGCUUCCCUUUGCAUGGAUCAGUUUGGAACGGCUUUAUUUGGAAUCCAUGCAUCUCUUCGCACCGGGGGCACCUCAUACCUGCCAAAUGCUUCCACUGCAGUAGUAGCUGCAUCUUUGUAAGCAGGGGCAGAACAUUAUCAAGUGCCUAAAAAUGGGAGAGGAUGACCCAGCUCCCCUGUGAGGAGAGCAGAACUGUGAUGAGAUUUCCAGCCCCCCCUCAGCACAUGUCAGCCUGAGCACACAUACCCCCGUCCCCCACCGUCCACACAUGUGCAUGGCUCUUGACUUUCCCCCUCUCCAUAUUAUCACAACAACUCUGUAAGGGACAUUAGGGUGAGGGAGAGAGUGUGACUGGCCUCAGGUCACUAAGGGAUCUUCAUGGUGAGUUGGGACUUGAUCCCUGGUCUAUCCCAGGUCCUAGUUCAAUACACUGCCCGGAACACCAUUCUGGCUCUUUCUGAAUACCUCCAUUACUCCCAACUGGGGGUGGGGGCAGAAUAAGAAGGUUCUCAUGAGCCCUCUAGUAACCCCCACACUUUCAGUUAGACUGGAUAAUCUCUUAAGGUUGUGAUAUUUCCCCUCUCCUCUGCAUAUGGUUGACUCGGAAACCUAGAGAUCUGAAAUAUUUUUGUUUUCCAUCCUGGAAGAGUUCAUAGUCCCUGCACAGGCACACACUUCUAGAUCUGUAGGCUUCACGUUAUUAAUAAAAAUAUUAGCGUGUGCAAAUGUCUGUGCAGUGACUUAGUAUAACUCUCUCUAAUUACAGAUUUAAUAUCCCCAUCAAAAAAACAACAAAGAGUCUGGUGGCACCUUAAAGGCCGACAGACUUAUUACAGCCGAAGCGUUUGCAUUUCUUAGCCUUUUAGGUGCCAUAAGACUCUUUGCAAGUUUUGCUGUGACAGACUAACACGGCUAACCCCUCUUGAACUUAAGCUUCCCAUUUUACCCAUGGGGAAACCGAGGCGAAGAGGGAGUAAUUUUCUUUCUUUUUCUUCUCCUUCCAAAGGCCACCCAGGGAGUUAA